AUGGGCAGUGCCGGCACACAGACAUGGCUCGACAAGCUCUCUGAGCAGCUAAACAUUGAUGUCGACUGGAUGGACCCGGCAUACACUCUGAGUAUGCCCAUUGUCCCCCAUGACAUGACAAGCAACCAAGGAUGGGUCCACGAGCAAAUGUGCAAUCCCGUCAACGAAGAGCUCUUCAAGAGCGUCGUCAAGGAGUACAAGGAUAAGGGCUGGCUUGCAAUUUACACACGCAUGGCGGUCCUGAUGUCCAAGGCCAAUAUCGACAACAUUCAAGGCCGAGUCUUGCUCCAGACUCUCCCAUCAAACGCUUACAAUCACGAGAAGACCCUAGAGCACGCUCGUCACUAUGCACGUGAGUUUGAAAGCGUGGGCGUUUCCAAGGAUCGAUUCUGCAUCAAGAUUCCCAGCACGGGCCCAGCGCUCAGUACCUGCCCAAUCUUGCUCGAGGAGGGUAUUCGGACAUUGGGCACGACGCUGUUCAGUGUACACCAGGCAAUUGCUGCUAGCCAGGGAGGAUGCUUAUACGUCAGCCCAUACUACAAUGAGGUUCGGGCUCACGACGAGAGAGAGCUUUGGCCUCAGUCCGAUGACCCGGCAACUUUGCACCCGAUGUCUUCACGCCUCGUGCAAAUUCUCGAGACAUACAAGCGUCUGUACAAAGAGACUGGCAAGGAGCAGCCUUACCUCAAGAAUGCAAGCUUCAUCUCCCCACAGGAGGCAAUGGCUGCUGGCGAGAUAGGAUGUCACUCGGCCACCAUCUCUCACAUGGUGCUCACCGAGCUCGCGAACCUCCCAUACGAUGGAUCUAAGCAGCCUGGCGAAGGUGUGCCCAAACCAGACCAUCCCUACUUGAACGCCUUGCCGACACCCACCCGCCUUGCCAAAAUUGCUAAGCUUGACGCUCUCGCGAACGAAGGCUGGGAUGGUCAGCUAGCAAGGACAGACAUCGACUAUCUCGCGAACGAAGGGGCUGAGCUGGACAAGGCGAAUGAGGCAGAUGGUGUCACUAAGCAGCGGUUGCGUGAAGCCCUUUCGCUGUUUGUCGCGGCGGAGAAGAGGAGCCAGGCUAAGAUCGAGGAGGCGAUGAAGCUUGUCUAG